AUGCGGGGCUUGUUUGACCAAUUCCGAUCAUGGCUUUCACCAUUGGUGGACCAGCUCAACGACGAGUUGCUGAUCGGAGGGCAAGGCCAGGAUGUGGAAAUGGAUGAGAUCUGCUUCCGAUCCAAAACGUUGGACAACUGUGUGCUCUGGGUGCGCCACUUCGCCAUGGUACGCAGAGGAAGUUCCAAAGUUUUCCUUGCACGACUCCCGUAUCGCAUCACCAAAGCUGGCCAAGGUGGUGGUGGUCCCAUCAGUGAGCUGGCAUCGGUCUUGCGUCGUGAUGAUGGUUCUUUUCGACUUGGCGCUGGUAGUGUUUGCCACACGGAUUCGGCCCGUGCGUACAAGCAGCUGGGCGUCGAGGAUGGCCCCCUUUUCGAUGGCUCCUUCUGCAACGCGAAGGAGCUCAAGGGUCUGAAGCUUGCCCACACCAAUGUCAAGCACAAACCUCCAAAACCGGAGUUUACCAAGCCGUUUGACGUGCCUGUGUGGCAGGGUAUUGAUGACGAUUGGGAGGUUGAGACGCGCAUCGGCGGCACGCAGAGGCUGGAUGGCUUUUUUGCCAGCUUCCGCCGAGACGUGGGGCGGCAGCCCUUCAACACUACUGGACCCACUGCACGGGACCAUGUGCAAGAGCCAAAAAACUUCCGGCGCAACUUGCUCGCAGCCACAGCAGCGUCUGGCUCUGAAACAUUCUCCAGUCGCCUCGCGCGUCUCCACAAUGCUGGGACAUUUGGGUUACCUGUUCCGGCCUCACAGCGCUUUGUCUAA